AUGGAGCAAACUUUUAUUAUGAUCAAGCCUGACGGCGUCCAGAGAGGACUCAUCGGUGAAGUCAUCUGCAGGUUUGAGAAGAAGGGUUUCACUUUGAAAGGUCUGAAGUUGAUCAGUGUAGAGAGAUCUUUUGCUGAGAAGCACUACGAAGACUUAUCUUCAAAGUCUUUCUUCAGUGGACUCGUUGACUACAUUGUAUCCGGCCCUGUUGUUGCUAUGAUCUGGGAAGGAAAGAAUGUUGUCUUGACCGGAAGAAAGAUCAUUGGAGCUACCAACCCAGCAGCUUCUGAGCCUGGAACUAUCCGUGGGGACUUUGCUAUUGACAUUGGCAGGAACGUGAUCCAUGGUAGUGACUCUGUCGAGAGUGCAAGAAAGGAGAUUGCUUUGUGGUUCCCUGAUGGACCUGUCAACUGGCAGAGCAGCGUUCACCCUUGGGUCUAUGAAACUUGA